CAAUGUCAGGCGCCGCGACAGCUCUGUGAGUCCGGGGCCGCGGCCGUGGCGCUGGGCGGCGGCGGUUCCGGGCCGGUCCGCUCAUGGUGCCGCCACGACGCCAUCGCGGGGCAGGAAGGCCAGGUGUGCUGAGUUCGUCACCUCCUUUUAGACUCAGAUUUGCGAAGUUUUCAGGCAUUGCUCUUGAAGAUCUCAGAAAGGCCUUUAAAAUAAGGCUGCAAAUGGUGUGUGUCUUUAUCAUGAACCGAAUGAAUUCCCAGAGCAGUGGUUUAAACGCUCAGCGCCGGAGAAUGGCUCUCGGGAUUGUUAUGCUCCUCCUUGUUGAUGUGAUAUGGGUGGCAUCCUCAGAGCUCACUUCGUAUGUUUUUACUCAGUACAACAAACCAUUCUUCAGCACCUUUGCAAAAACAUCUAUGUUUGUUCUAUACCUUUUGGGCUUUAUUGUUUGGAAGCCAUGGAGACAACAGUGUACAAGAGGAUUUCGAGGAAAGCAUGCUACUUUUUUUGCAGAUGCUGAAGGUUACUUUGCUGCUUGCACAACAGAUACAACUAUGAAUAGUUCUUUGAGUGAACCUUUGUAUGUUCCUGUAAAAUUUCAUGAUCUUCCAAGUGAAAAACCAGAGAACACAAAUGUGGAUGCUCAAAAAACUCCCAAAAAGUCUCGUGUAAGGUUCAGUAACAUCAUGGAGAUUCGACAGCUGCCUUCGAGCCAUGCCUUGGAUGCUAAGUUGUCUCGCAUGUCACAUCCUGCUGUGAAAGAACAAGAGCCCUUACUCAAAACUGUGGGGAAACUUACUGCAACUCAAGUAGCAAAAAUUAGCUUUUUUUUUUGCUUUGUGUGGUUUUUGGCAAACUUCUCAUAUCAAGAAGCACUUUCAGACACGCAGGUUGCUAUAGUUAAUAUUUUGUCCUCGACUUCUGGACUUUUUACCUUAAUCCUUGCUGCAGUGUUUCCAAGUAACAGUGGAGAUAGAUUUACUCUUUCUAAACUAUUAGCUGUAAUUUUAAGCAUUGGAGGUGUUGUGCUGGUAAACCUGUCAGGGUCUGAAAAAUCUUCUGGAAGAGAUACAAUAGGUUCCAUUUGGUCUCUUGUUGGAGCCAUGCUCUAUGCUGUCUAUAUUGUUAUGAUUAAGAGAAAAGUAGACAGAGAAGAUAAGUUGGAUAUUCCAAUGUUCUUUGGUUUUGUAGGUCUGUUUAAUCUGCUGCUCUUAUGGCCAGGUUUCUUUUUACUUCAUUAUACUGGAUUUGAGGACUUUGAGUUUCCCAAUAAAGUAGUAUUAAUGUGCAUUAUCAUUAAUGGCCUUAUUGGAACAGUUCUCUCAGAGUUCCUGUGGUUGUGGGGCUGCUUUCUUACCUCAUCAUUGAUAGGCACACUUGCACUAAGCCUGACAAUACCUCUGUCUAUAAUAGCUGACAUGUGUAUGAAAAAGGUGCAGUUUUCUUGGUUAUUUUUUGCAGGCGCUAUCCCUGUAUUUUUUUCAUUUUUUAUUGCAACUCUCCUAUGCCAUUAUAAUAAUUGGGAUCCUGUGAUGGUGGGAAUCAGAAGAGUUUUUGCCUUUAUAUGCAGAAAACAUCGAAUUCAGAGGGUUCCAGAAGACAGCGAACAGUGUGAGAGUCUCAUUCCUAUGCACGGUGUUUCUCAGGAGGAUGGAGCUAGUUAGCUGUUGUCUGUGGUCCAGCUUGAUAAUGGAACAUUCUACAGCGAAGAGACAAUCUCUGGCAAGUUUUUGUAGAAAAAAGUGUUUCAGUGCCUAGUCUGAAAAAUAACAGUUUCAGUUCUUUGGAACUCUAAAAUAUAUUUUCCUGAUACUGUUUUCUUCAUUUUCAUGAUGAAGUACUUUGCUGUGUAGCUGUGUGCAUAUCUCCACAGUUAUAGGAGGCUCCAGUCCACCUGAAGGACCAACCUGCCUUACACAUCUCAAGGAAUUCAGCUGAUAAAAUAAUUUGAACUAAUCAAGGAAUAAAAUCUUAGUGUUCUGGAGACUUUAUUUUCACAUAUUAUUUGUUAAAUGCUGAACUAUAUUAUGAAAAUGUUUCCCAGAAAUCAUUUAAGUAUAUAGAUCAGUAUUUCUUAUAGUUAAAAAGCUAAAAUAAGCUACCUAUAAUAGGUACGGAUUAUGAUUUUGAGUUUUGUAAAACAUUGCAAAUUAACACAAAAAAUGUUUAAUUUAUGCAACAAGUAUGUUCAUACAAAUUUGGUGGGACUUUAAAAAGAAUAUUUGAGAAAAUAUCUGGUUCACUUACACUACAUAUACUGUAUUAUCCUUUCAUAGCAUUAGGUGCCUUGUAUUUUAAAUCUGUGACAAACCAUGACAGAUUUUUAAAGAGAAAGUAUUAUUGUAAAAUGAAGAAUUAAGUAUUUCUAAAGCCUGUAUUGCUGUAAAUUUAGUUGAUAAAAUUCUGCUUAAUUUAGAGUUUUGAAGAAAUGUUCUCUCUUCAGUUAUGACAUUUUCAUAAUGGGAUGAUUUAAAUUUGAAGUGAUAAAGAGUAUUAUUAAAAUAAAAUGUUUAUAUAUAUGUAUUUGUGUAUUACAGAUCUAUCAGUUGGUUUCUGAUUUUUUUCCACAUGUAAAUGUGCCAAAUUACUCUAGAAGUGGGUACCACUUCUCUAAAUAAUUCUAGUUUUCACAAGUAAAUUUUUAAUGGUUAAAAUGCCAAAGAAGGAAGGCAAGAAGAAAUUGUACUUUAAAAAUUACGUUUGAGUUCUUUUCUCUGCCAAGCUUAAAUUAAAUAUAAAGUACCCCUAAUUGCAAAUCUUAAACUUA